CGUUAAUGAAGAAAAUUAGUUAAUAGAUGUUAACAUUAAUGACCAAAAAUAACUUAUAAGAUAAACCUUUCACAAACGACCCAAAAAAAAAUAAAAGUAAACCCAAGACUGUCAAUACAGAGAGACCGUAAUACAAAACUCAGAAGAAUGAUUUGCUUGACUAUUUCAAGAAAGAGAGGAACACUUUCACUUAAGUUGCCAGCUCUUCGAAGGCAAUAUUGCAGGGAAGCAAAAGCAUUGAUAAUUUAUAACAAUUAAGUUAGAAGAGCGAUCGUCUAAAAACUGGUUAAUUCAAUGUAACUAUGACAUGUUACUCUUUAUAGACUGAUGUACGCAUCUAAACCGAUGAUGGAAAUAGCGCAAGAAGAUAAAUCUUAAAAUAAAAAAACUUAUCAUUGGCAACCAUUUCAUAAGAUGCUUAAAAUAUUGAUAAAAUGUUGAAAAAUUAGUUAUCAAAAUAACCUCAAACUACAAAGUAAUCUUACAACCAAUCUCCUCAAAAUCAAAUCAAAUAACCUGUUUAUAAAUAAAAGGACCAAUUACUAUUUGAUUUGCAUUUAGUAUAUUAUAUAAUAUACCUAGCUAAAAAAUAGUGUGUGCACUAACGAGUGUCAGAAUUAUUUAAAUUUAAAAUAGAAUAAAUAAUCUAUUUAAUCCAAUCCAUCAUAAAAUCAUCGAUAAUCGAUUGAGGAUAUGUUUUCUAGUUAAAAACUAUUAAAAGGAUCCAUAUAAUUUCAAUCAUAAAAGCCUAAAAGAAAUGAAAGCGAGUCUAAAUCAACCAAUUAAAGUCAUAUAAAAACUGAAUAUUCCGCUGGGUCCAAUUAAUAAUUCCUAAUAUAAAAAAGCAAGGAAGAAACCGUUUAAUAUGAUCUUAACAAGUACUUACAAAUAGUUCUUUUCUAUAAAUAAUAAAAGUAGGAUAUAUUGUUUAAAUCAUAGAUACAAUUACUUAUACGAAUACUAAAAUUAAACUACCGAUGAUUUGUACAAUUAUUUAAUACAAUAAAUUGCAUGCAUAGAAAGGUCAUUUACAAAACUUGGCAGUGGAACAGGCUCAACUGAAGUAGAUUAAAUAUAAUAAGGUAUUCAAAUUAAAGAUUUUUAGAAUUAAAUAAAAUAUGUCAAUUUCAAACUGUUUCCAAAAAUAUCCCCUAUGAUUACUACUUGACAAUCUCAAAUUUAACUUUGGAUGUUUUCAAAGGAAUAUUGUUGUAGGUUCAACCACUAUAUUCAUAACCAAUUACAACAAAAAGGGUUGGAUUGAAGGAUUUCACUUUAGUAAAAUGUAUAGGAGUAGGGGGUUUUUCGAGAGUUUAUAUGGUAAGAAAAAGAGACAACGGAAAAUUUUAUGCUUUAAAACUCAUUGACAAGAAGUUCAUACUAGACAAUCAAAAAGAGAUUAUCGUACAAAAUGAAAGAGACAUAAUGGUUCAGAUGGAGAAUCAAUUUGUUACUCCAUUGCAUUAUGCAUUCGAGACUAAAUAUUAUAUCGCAUUUGUUCUAGAUUACUGUGCUGGAGGUGAACUAUUUUACCAUCUACGAAAAUUGAAAAGAUUGAAUGAACAAGAUGCUAAGUUUUAUUUUGUAGAAAUUUGCAUUGGUAUGGCUUAUCUACAUUCCAAAAACAUUGUUUAUAGAGACAUUAAACCAGAAAAUAUUCUUUUAGAUUUGCAUGGCCAUUUAUUAUUAAGUGAUUUUGGUUUAUCAAAGCCUGAUAUGACAGCAGAUGAUUUCGCCUAUUCGUUUUGUGGAUCCCCAGAAUACAUGGCUCCAGAAAUGCUGAUGAAAACAGGUCAUAACUAUUUAGUUGAUUGCUAUUGUUUAGGAGCUUUGCUUUAUGAAUUAGUUACUGGAUUACCUCCAUUUUAUUCUCAUAAUACACAAGAAAUAUAUAAUUCAAUUUUGACUGAAGCUGUAGAAUUUCCUUAGUAUGUUCAAAUAUCUCCAGUUUUGAAAGAACUCAUCUUACAAUUACUUUAAAAAGAUCCAACUGAAAGAUUUGGUUACAAUGGUGGAAUUGUUGAAAUUCUCACACAUCAAUGGUUUCAUGAUGUUGACUUCGAGGCCAUUGUCAAUAAAGAGUUGAAAACCCCUUAUAAACCAGAACCUCUUAAGUAUAAUUUUGAUGAAGAAGAAUUUAAUAAAGGCGACACUGAAUUUAGGAAGUAAUAUUAGGCAAACAUGUAGAAGGAAUUUCAAGUAUUGAAUUAUAUAUAUCUAGAAUGUUGAUACAGCGAAUUACGUAUUAAAAAACUUUUAUUAUUCAAGAGAAUCCCAGUUUGGACUUGUAAAAACUAAAAGAACAAAUGAGGUUAAUCUUAAUCAACUCAAAACUCAAGCAAUUCCUCCUGAGGCAUAAUCUCCAAGCAGAACUUAAUAGCUGUUAUUAUAAUAAAAGGGAGAAUAUAAUUCAUAUUAGUCUAUUCUGGCCUCUCCUUAAGAGGGAAAAAGAAUUAAUAGACAAACUGGAAAAAGUGAGGUUUAUGAUUAUUUUAAGAAGCAUGAUUUGAUGACAAAAUCAUCUCAACUUCUACAAUAAUCUACUAAAUUAGGCCAUUCAUAUUCAAAAACAAUGCAAUAGGCCCAAAACUCUUUAUAAGAUUUAAAAGUAAAUUGAAAUUAUUAUUAUUUAGUAAUUCAAAUUAUUUGUUGAUUAAUCCAAAGCUUUAAUUUGUUCAGAUAGAACAACUACAAUGCCAGAUUAAAACCAUAAAAAUAUUACCGAGAGAAUUAAAACAGAACAAUUUGGAAAUCUGCCAUCUCCUAAAACUACUAAUAACAGUUCAUUGAAUAAGUUAAAUCAUUUUUCAAAACUAUUUGUAUCUGAGAAAUAAAAAUAAAAAUGA